AUGUCCCCUACUACCUUUGAACAUAAUAAAAUUGCCUAUGGUCACAAUAUCCGAGGAUUUGACGCUCAUGUUCCGGAUGCUUUUGGUUUAAAUCGAGUGCAAAUGAAGAGGUACUACGAGGAGGUCUAUACACAUGGACCAAAUCCUCAAAUCCCGCUUUCGCCUGCUUCAAUCGCAGGCGCCGCAGCCUACAAGGCCGUGUUCAUAAUACAACCAAGUUUUGACUACGUAAAUUAUUCUCAUGAGGUUAACAGAAUAGCAGACGUUGCCGCUCGGGAAGCACUUUUCCUGUUACAACAAUUUCCGUUGCCCAAUGUGGAUCCCAAAGUUGUUUCUAUAUCGGCAGCGGCUGGCGCGCAUCGUUUGUACAAUCAACAUUGUCAACAUCUCUGCUUUGAGGAAAAAAUUCUGCGUAAUAUGGAGGGCCCCAUCGAAAGUAUACAUUUUACAUCUAAAUUUUAA